AAUCCUUUGGGUUUAGCUGUUUAGGGUUUAUUCGAUCCCUUGCUCUCACGCAGAAACUCUCUCUCUCUCUCUCUCUCUGAGCGUCUCCUGAAUUACCAGACAGUGAGAGCAAUGAGGAAGCUCAAGUUCCAUGAGAAGAAACUUCUGAAGAAGGUGAAUUUUCUCGAAUGGAAGAGAGAAGGAGGCCACAGGGAAGCCCAUGUUAUGCAACGUUAUCAUGUCACUGGCAGAGACGAUUACAAAAAAUAUUCGAGUUUAUGCCGGAUGGUGCAGAAGCUCGUGAGCAUAUUGAUGACAAUGGACCCAAGAGACCCUUUUCGUAUCGAGAUGACCGAUAUGCUCCUUGAAAAGCUGUAUAAUAUGGGUGUAAUCCCUACCAGGAAGAGCUUGGCUUUGUGUGAUCGUUUGUCUGUAUCUUCCUUUUGCAGGCGAAGGCUAUCAACUAUAUUGGUGAAAUUGAAGUUUGCAGAACACUUAAGAGAAGCUGUUACAUAUAUCGAGCAGGGCCACAUCAGAGUGGGCCCAGAAACAGUUACUGAUCCAGCAUUCCUUGUUACCAGAAACGUGGAGGACUUUGUUACAUGGGUGGACUCAUCAAAGAUAAAGAGGAAGGUGUUAGAAUAUAACGAGAAGCUGGAUGACUAUGAUGCCAUGAACUGAGAGUUGUACAAGGUUAUUUCCUUCACACAAAUAUAGGCACAGUGAGUUCUCUUGAUAGUCAUCUUUGAAGAAAUGAGAUUCAUGGUGGCAAAAAAUGCGCCAUCUUGACCUUCAGAUGAAAAGUCUGAGGACCAUUUCUUCAAAGUCAAGGCUUCAGAACGGGAAAAGUGUUGUUCCUUCGGUUGUACUUGAUUUGGUAGUUUUUUUGUGAUUUGAUAGCAUGAGGAUAUGGAACUAUGGGUUCAGAAUUUCAGAUGGUUCAUCUUCUUUAUUGAAUUUACCGCUCGGAGCAACUUCUAUCUCAUGGCCUCAUGGGUAACAAAGAAACUAAUUUACUUGAUUCGAACAUGGAAUGAUUACUGUUAAGCAAAAUGGCUAUAGUUAUGAUUCAUUAUUCCGUGCCAA